AUGGUAAUCCCAUGGACGCUGCGCUUCAACGACGUGCUAGACACAGAGAAACCGCACGCCUCGCUGUCGAGACUGCUGAAGAUCGGAGAUUGGCGGAAGGCCGGCAGUCGGCUGCAGCUCCAGGAAAAUGGAGAGUUGGAGAUUCAUGUCCUCGGAUCCUUCACCACGGAACGCCCGGCCGUCUCCUACACUAAACAACCCUUCGACACGGAUAUCGAGGACCAUCCGCUGGCAAAGUCGCUCCACAAAGCCACCGAGAGCCCACCAAUCUAG